UUUUGCAUAAAUUCCUCUUUCGUGUUUUAAAAAAUUCUCACGGAAAAAUAUCCCAAAACAAUUUUCCCUUUGUUGAAAAAUCCCCCAAAACCCCCAAAACAGUGCUGGAAAAUUCAGGAAAAUGUUUUGGUGUGAAAAAGCAAUCCCAGAAAGCGUUCAGGAACCUACAAAAUUGAAUUAAACAGAUAAUCAACUCAGAAAGUUUUAGCAGUGAAACAUAACCUAAAAUUUUUGAUCCUUCCCUGGGAAAACAACAAAAACAUCCCUCCUGAAAAACUGCCCUAAUUAAAUUUUCAAGGAUUUCUACGAUUUUCCGGGGAAGAUGGUUACAGAACCAGUUGCAAAUACAACAAAAUCAAAGGCAACGUCACGAAAACGUCCAACUCCAGUGCACUCCUGGACAAAUGCAGAUGUGCAAAAAUGGUACAGACGCUGUGGGAAUAAUCCGCUUUAUGCAGAUCUCUUCGCAAAGCACGAAAUCACGGGGCUGACGCUGCUGCGGAUGAGUGAUCAUUCCCUGCUGCGGAUGGGCAUUGAGAAUAAUAGAGAUAGAGAAGCAAUCUGGCGUGAGAUUCUCAAGCAGAAGCUCAAAGCAGAUAUUAUGGAGAUUCGUGAUUUGGAGCGAAUGGCUGAAUAAAUUCCUGAAAAUGUAGAAUAAGGAAGCUGUUGCCGGAACUCCCAGAUUCUCCCCUUAAAUCCCAAACAAUGCUCAUUAAAAUUCUAUUUAUUUAAUGUA